CAAAUCAGUGAUAUUCAGAUGUAUUGCAUAUUGAAAAAUCUUGCGGACCCGUUUUUUGUGCUAUGUAUGCAAAAGACCAAAAAAUGAGGGAAUGUAUUCUGUUUUGGUUUUUUGGCCUAGACAGUUUAUCAGCUGAGAGCUCGACAGUUAGCACAUUUCAGAAGCACAGUUCCCAAGAAAUUAUCCUUAAUGGAGAACUGGGUAGAUGACCUGCCUGUUUGUGGUAAGUCAGGUAUUGGAUAUCAGUUAAAUCAAAGAUACCGUCAAGGUGGAGCUCGAAGAGAAUUUCACAAGCUUGAAGAUAGAAGUUUCAACUUGAAGCAUCCAGACUUUAAUACUGGAUUCUACGCUGUAUUCGAUGGACACGAAGGAGAAUUUGUUGCACAUUACGCAGCUCAGAAAGUCCCUGCUGAGCUUAUGUUCGAUAUCGCAGAUCUUGAGCGUUUGUCUUCGGAAGCUCAAGUAUGUGAAGCAUUGCGAUCUGCAAUCAGUAGUGUUGAGCGAGGGUUUUUCGAACAAAUAGACGAAAUCCUUGUAAAAAGGACAAACUUGCAGAUUCAGAUCCCUGAAGGCCUGUCUCCAUUAGAAACCUGUCACAGGUACCCCAGCCUCGUUCACAGAUUACAAGAACUUGAUGCUGAGAUACAAGGAGGCACAUCAGUAGUUAUGGCCUUGGUUCAAAAUGAGGAUUUGUAUAUUUUGAAUCUUGGCGACUCAAGAGCACUUCUUUGCACGAAAAAUGCAGCAGGAGGAUAUCAGGUCGAACAGCUUUCCAUUGAUCAUAACCUUAAGGACGACGAAGAACUCCAAAGGCUUGCAAAUCUUGGCCUAGACAUUGUUGCAUUACAAAAUAUUGGUGAUAUUGUGGGCUUGGAGACAACUAGAAGCCUUGGUGAUUUUCGAGUAAAGGGUGGAUAUAAAGAGUAUGACAUCUUGAAACAAGCGACUGGUGAACCAGUAAUUGCUGAACCCUUCAUUCAAGGCAAAAUCAAAAUUAAAGAUUCGUUUUAUUUUCUUGUCCUGUUUUCACGAGGACUCUACAAAGCUGUCGAAGAAAUCAGUGGAGCGGAAGAUGUUAACACAUUCAUAGUAUCCUUGGUAGCGUACGAGCUGACUGAGCAAAGCACGACAGAGGCCGCUGCACAGGCGGUUGUAGACAAGAUCUGCCGUGAACACCAAGACCAGUUUAAACGGUCCAAUGGAACGACUUGCAAGGAACGGGAAGAUAUGACACUUCUAAUUCGCUUGUUCUCGGCAACACUUCGUAAGAAAUCGACUCCGAUAACUCCACCAAUCCACGUAUCCGAAAAUGGUAUGCUGAAGAACAUGGGGGGAAAGUCUCCAGAAGUGAUGCAUGUAACAAUUCCAUUCACACAGUCACAAGAGCCUAAACUUCCACGAUUUAAACCAACGCUUAUCAUGCCGAACGUAAAACAACGUUCUCCUCUCGCCCAAUCGUUUUCUCAGCCAAACUCACGUGUCAGCACGCCAGUGACGCUUACCAAAACUGCCGCUACGCCACCGAUUGCCUUUUAUCGUAAUUUAUCGCAUGUCUCCGAAGACAGCCAAACAGCUUCAUCCAUCAACACACCUUCUACCAGCUCUUCAACUGACUUAUUAGGAUCUGCGACAAUCGAAUCUUCUUCGACCGCAGUCAGCUCCUCUUCGUCUUCGCGUUGUAUAUCGCCAUGGUCGUCCACUGUAAAAGCUGAUAUCGAUAAACCCCCUACCAUAGAUGUGGGAGAGAGCCUAUUAGAAGCGACAUCUUUACUUGAAAUUUCAGGCAAGACAGUGAGUGACCUGUUAACACAGAGUUUAUCAGAGGAAGAAGCAGACGAGGAGCAAGACAGCAAUAACGAGCCUUCACAGCCACCUGCAAAGGAAGAGCAGAAGGAACCAGAGCCAGAUGAUGGGAAAAUUGACCCGUACAUAGAUUUCACUGAGUUCAUAGAUAAGAUAAACAAAGCAGGCGGGGAGAAGGUUGUUUUCGCGGAAUUUAUAAGAUAAUAUACUUUCCUAGACAGAAGAGACAAAUUAGAUUGCAGUCUAUCAAAAUAUCGUUAGUCUGAUUUUUUAACAAGAGACUGCUGCCAAAAUUUGUUGAGAACAAAUUUGCUGCCUUCUUGAAAUUGCAUUGUGAUGCCUUACCAUCGAAUUUGUCGUUAAAGAAUUGAUAAAACCAAGGUUAAGUUAGCAGAAAGAACAGAAAAUGUUCUGUCAAUUACAAUUUCAGGGGAUUACAAUUCCAUUGAGGGGGAGGGGGGGGGGCUUUAUUUGUGUUAUUACGCGAGUCAAGGAAUUUAGGAGAAGUGGUAUACAUUUCAAUAACAACUUUUGACCAAUUUUGAAGGCAAUCUGUCUCGUUGUGAAUUGGUUAACGAAAACUGGAACAAUAGCUGGAACAAUAGCCUAAACACGAUUCCAGCGCUCCGCCAUAUUUUUUACAAUGCGAUGAAUUAAAGGGGGACUGGAAACAAUAAAAAUCUUUUUGUUCUUAAAACCAAUCAACGUCGUGACAGAUUGCCUUUAAGGCAGAUAUCAAAGACUGGACCAAGUGGUAAUGUUCUAAUUUUGGUGAAUGAUUUUAAUGUAUUUUCUUUGGUCACCGCGGGAAACCUCUACAAUGAUAUUUUAUUAUAAUGGGCAGACUGGACACCAAAAGCUGCCCUCCCCCCGUCCCCUUCUAAAAAUUAUGCAGUUUUCUACCAAUUGAAUUUUCAUCUAUGACAUUCUAUUCUAUGUCAUACAUAAUUAUUUGGUUCCAGGCUCCUUUCGGUAGCAGAUUGGCAGCUGAUCACAUUUCUUGAGUACGUGUCCAAUCACUUCUUGUUAAAUAUAUUAUGACAACGCUGGUAAUAUUAAUUCUCUUUUUUAUUCAUGAAGUGAUUGGAAGUAAGUAACUCUGUGGAAA